AUGCUGCAGCACUUGCUGGUCGGUCUCUACGUGGCGCUUGUCGUGGCGCAGAGCGAGAACGCAACGGCGGUGGUGCGAUUUCUCUGGCCGCCGGCUGGCCACAUGGAGCCGUCGUCGACGCUCCGCGUGCGCUUCGAGGUGCCACCGAGCGACGACGGCUACAUUGCGCUCUCGAGCACCAAACUCAAUGGCCUCUUACAGGUCCAUCCCGAUACCAUUGAGCUGCAAGGGAUCGAGCCAGGAACGCACGUCGUUGUGGCGCAGGUCCACGACAAGCAGCACACGCCGAUGGGACCGCCAUCGAUGCUGCGCGUCGAGCGCGUUCUCUCCAAAGCCGAAGCCGAUGCCCAGCGCAGUCGCAGUCUCAAGCCACGAGUGUGGCUCACGGCGCUGCCAGCCGUCGCCGCCCGCCGUCCGCGUCGUCGCACGCUGUGCUUUGUCGGCACGAACGGCCAGUUUGACGGCCAGCGGCAGCUGUGGUUGCACAUGAUCCGCAUCCUCUCGCGCCAUCCCUCCGUGACCUACGCCUUCCACAUGAUUCGUCUCGAAGCUCCGUCAACGCGCUUUGAUCCGUUUGCAACCAGUGACGUGCAGAUCACGUACGCACCUAUGCAAGUCUCAGUGGAAGAAGCCGCGUUGUACCAGCUGACGACCAACACGACGAUGGAAGCCAUCGCCGACUACGUCGAACACGGUACGUCCGACGUCCCCGCGCACGUUCCGCGACUCUGGGCGACGUUCCUCCGCGCGUUUGCGCCGUGUGAAGGCGGCAUAUUGGUACUCGCCAACUCGCGCGACCACGGCGACCGCGUCCUCGCUCUCGUCGCCAAGCACGUGGGCGCUCGCGGCGUUCUCUUUGAUCUCUCGAGCGUCUUUCCCGUUGCGAAUACCGUCGACGCACUCAUUGGACCAUCGACGUACACGCUGGAACAUGAAAGCGUCACGAGCACAAUCACAGCGAGGUACCGCCAUGUCAUCCCACCCGGCAUCGACGCACACGUCUUUACGCCCGCUGCCACGCCGAAAACCAACCGCUGCCUCAUUGUCGGCUUCCUUGGUCGCCUCGCGCCAGAAAAGUCGCUCGGUCUCCUUGCGCGCGCCGCUGAGCUUUUGGCAGCCAAGCGCGACCUCUGUCUCGUCUUUCGGUGGAUCGGUGAAGGCUCCCAUGCUGCGUACUAUCAGCAGUACCCUGUUGAGCUAAUCGGAGGCAUCUACAACGAGACCGCACUCGUCCACGAGCUCCAGUCCUGGGACGUGGCUGUCCACCCGGGCCUCCAAGAGACGUUUGGGAUCGCCAACAUUGAAGUCAUGGCCGUCGGUAUACCGCUCGUGUGCUUUGGUGUGGCCGGCACGACCGAGUACGUUCGACACAACGAGAAUGCGUGGGUCGUUGACGAGAUUCAUGCGGACGCGCUCGCUGCGGGGAUCGAAGUCGUCGCCAGAGACAGCGGUUUGCGGCACCGGCUGGGAGCUGGUGCACGUGCGACGGUCGAGAAGCGGUUUACGUGGUCGGCGACUGUCGCUGCAUACGACGAAGUGUUUGGCCGACUCAUGAGCGCACCACGAGACAAAGCUGCGACGAACUUACAUCGAUAACACUAGUACUUUCUUCUAGCUACUUCAGAG